CUCCCAAUCAAAAGUUUCGCCCACCAGGCAGGAAAGCAUCGUCCUCCCUUAUUCCCUCUAGUCACAGGCGCGAUGCCUCCCCGUAAAAAGCCCUCCCGGGUCUCCCUCCCAGACCCUCCUUCGCCCUCCCCCUCUGUCCCCUGGGACGUGCCUACCCCUUCCACCGAACCUGCAACUCCCACGACCGAGGGUCUCCGACAGAGGAAACAGGGGGACGAUAAGGGUGGCAGAGGAGACAAGCACCAUACAGAGUUCAAUGUGAAAUUGAAGAAGAAUGAUGACGGCAAAUAUCAUCUGCUAGCACCGGGAACUCCCUUCAAUGAGAUUGACCUGAGCGAAUACUCGUUUUUUGCUCACCAUCCAGAACUCAAAGCCAGAGCAAAAUCAUGGAAGGCAUGGAUCUUUGGGCGAAAAUUCUUCUUUCCCGUUGGAAUCCUCCUUGGUGUACUGAUAGCAGUAUGGGCAAUGGACUUUUCCUCCCUCCCCGCCGACAUGAAAGACGUCUGGACCGCCUUCCCAACCACCCUCGACCCCCGCGACCUCCUCUCAAACCUCACCAUGGUCGAAACCGCCCGUAAAGCCAUCGAAUCGCGCGACUUUGCGAUAGGGCAAGAGAUGAGUGAAAAGUAUGGGAUAGAGAAACAACAUCCCAUCAUCCUCAUACCAGGAAUCAUCAGUACCGGGCUGGAGAGCUGGGGGACGGAGACGGUGGCGAGGCCGUUCUUCAGGAAAAGGCUUUGGGGAACAGCUACGAUGAUUCGAGCAGUGCUGCAGAACAAGGAGCGGUGGAUCCAAGCGCUGAGUGUCGACGCAGAGACAGGUUUGGAUCCUCCGGGUUUCAAGUUGAGGGCUGCCCAAGGCCUCGAUGCUGCCUCCGAGUUCAUUCAGGGGUAUUGGAUUUGGCAAAAGAUUGUCGAAAACCUGGCUACGGUUGGAUAUGACACCAACUCUAUGGACAUGGCUGCUUAUGACUGGCGCUUGGCAUACUACAACCUCGAGAUUCGUGAUGCUUACUUUUCCAAGCUCAAGAGCAAGGUCGAGAUGAUGCACAAACACAACAAGGCAAAGGUUGUCCUGUGCUCCCAUUCCAUGGGGGGAAGCGUUGCUCUGUACUUCCUCAAAUGGGUCGAAGCUGAUCCCGACGAGUACGGAUUCGGAGGAGGAGGCGGUCCUACCUGGGUAGAAGACCAUAUCGAGGGUUGGAUCAAUGUUGCCGGUUCAUUGUUGGGUGUACCCAAAGCGAUGACCGCCUUCUUGUCUGGUGAGAUGAGAGAUACAGUUGAACUUCACCCCGCAGGUUCUUGGGUUCUAGAAAAGUUCUUCUCCAGGAGGGAUCGAGCCAAGCUGUUCAGGAGAAUGCCCGGUAGUGCUUCCAUGUGGUUGAAGGGAGGGAGCCGAGUUUGGGGAACUGAAAAAUACGCUGCCGACGAUCCUGAAGAUGCCACCGACUCCCAUGGCCGAUUCCUCUCGUUCCGUCACCCGGAUGUCCCUGCACAUGACUCUGCCCUCGUUGAGAGCACUGUCUCUCCCAAUUUGACCAUCAGCGAAGCCGGUCCCUACAUCCUGACGCACACCCCGCCGAGCUUCCAGAGGAUGAUGGAGCUAAACUACAGCCAAGGGUAUGAAUCUGAUCCGGCGAUUUUGAAGAAGAAUGGAGCGGAUCAUAGAAAGUGGACCAACCCGCUGGAAGUGGAGUUGCCGAAUGCGCCUUCGAUGAAGAUAUACUGUCUCUACGGGCAUGGGAAGGAAACUGAGCGUUCGUAUUGGUAUAUGCAAGGAGAGUAUGAGGAGGACGAAUCCCGCUCUGAUGCCGAGGGUUCGCAAGCCUUUUGUGACGCAUCCAGCCCCGGUUGCGACAACUCUACAGUCCUACGUGCCCCGCUCGACUUUCCUCUUGCUCGCAAACACUGGAUUGACUCUGCUGUCACGGUCAAGGGCAGCAGCCCUGAGGUCCGGUCGGGUGUAAAGUUUGGGGAUGGAGAUGGGACGAUUCCAGUGAUCAGUCUUGGGAGUAUGUGUGUGAAGGGGUGGAAUGGGACCACGCCUUGGAAUCCUGCGGGUAUCAAAGUGGUGACACAAGAAUAUCUUCAUUCACCUGAUAGUAUCGAUCUUCGUGGUGGCGCGCAAACGGCCGACCACGUCGAUAUUCUUGGUGCCUCUCCUCUAAACGCGGCGAUUCUCCAGAUUGCUGGUGGACGAGGCGAUUUGGUCAAGCAAAAGAUCGGGAGCAAGAUAUUCGAGUAUACUGCAAAGAUGUUGUGGGAUUAGAUUUGAUAGAGCUUGUGACGGCCAUGUAUCACUUGAA